AUGGCACGGGUCUACCGCCACGAGUCUCCGCUCUUGUGUGCCUUGGUGCAACGGCCCAUUCGCCUACUGCUGGCUUUAAGCCUGGGGGUCGCUCUGGCCAGCCUUCUGGGAUGCAUACGGCUCAUUUGGAGGCAAAGCAUUAAGAGAUGGCUGGUGAUUGCCCUCCUGUUGACCCUCCUGUUGAGCGUUGCCUGCGCCCACGGCGGAAGCUCCAUGUCUUCCGUGCUGGGCUUCGCCUGGGACUCUGGCCAUGCCACCAUCGGCCCCCUGACGUCGCCCAUCCUCUUGAGCCUGGGCAUUGGCAUGGCCACACCCAGACGCCGGCCGAGUGACCAGGAGGAGGCGCAGCUGGACGACCUGGCGGGCUUCGGGCUCAUUGGCUUCAGUUCUCUGCUGCCGGUCAUGGCGGUGGAGAUUCUGGCACUCUGCGUGGCUGAUGCAGAUGCCUCUUGGCACGGCUUCGGGGAGUUUGAAGGAUCCAGAUGUCCCAUGGCUUUCGACCUGUUGGACUUGCGUUCCCAGCUGCAAAGUGGCCUUCUGAGGGUCUCCGAGUGCGUGCUUCCGUCCAUGGGUGCCUUGGGUCGCAACGAAUCUGGGGAUAUCUGGGCACCCAGAAACAGGGGGACUUGA